AUGGUCGUAUUGCCGGGAUUCGAAAGCCGGAGCCUGAGCUUGAGCUUGAACCGGAGCCGGAGCCGGAGCCGGAGCCGGAGCCGGAGCCGGAGCCUGAGCCUGAGCCUGAGCCUGAGCCUGAGCCUGAACCUGAACCUGAACCUGAACCUGAGCCGGAGCCGGAGCCGGAGCUGGAGCCUGAGCCGGAGCCUGAACCUGAACCUGAACCUGAACCUGAACCUGAACCUGAACCUGAACCUGAACCUGAACCUGAACCUGAACCUGAACCUGAACCUGAACCUGAACCUGAACCGGAGCCGGAGCCGGAGCCGGAGCCAGAGCCAGAGCCAGAGCCUGAGCCUGAGCCUGAACCUGAACUUGAACCUGAACUUGAACCUGAACUUGAACCUGAACCAGCGCCAACAGAAGUAG